CGGGGCGGCCGCAGCCGGGACACGCACGACACUGGCAGGUGAUGCCAGCUUGAUCCAGAGCCAUGUCCAGGUACCUGAAGCACUUCACGGUGGUGGGCGAUGACCCCGUGCAAUGGAACAAUGACUAUCGGAAAUGGGAGGAGGAGGAGGAGGAGGCUGGGGAGAAGCAGCCAGAUGCAGAGAUCAAGCUGGAGCCCCCCAGGAGACACAUCUCCUUCCAGUACAUGAUGAAAAAGCUCUUCAGCUCUCACAGGUUUCAGAUUGGGGUUGUCUGCUUGGUGAUCCUGGAUGCCUUGUUGGUUCUUGGGGAAUUGCUCAUGGAUUUGAAAAUCAUCCAUCCGGACAGAUAUAAUAUAACUCCAAAGGUUUUCCACUACCUCUCCCUGUCCAUUUUAACCAUCUUCCUGGUGGAGGUGGGGUUUAAAGUCUUUGUCUACCGCCGGGAGUUCUUCCACCACAAGUUUGAGGUGCUGGAUGGGAUCGUUGUCGUCGUGUCCUUCAUCCUCGACAUCGUCCUCAUCUUCCGGGAGCACGAGUUUGAGGCUGUGGGGCUCCUGAUCCUCCUGAGGCUCUGGAGGGUGGCCCGGAUUAUCAACGGUGAGUGCAGGGCUGGGCUGGAUUUGCCAAACUUCCCUGAAUUACCUGGGCUUUGUUCCUUUCUCAAACCCAACCCUAGGGGUCUUGCUCUCCCAGCAAACUCAGAGUUCCACCUGUGUGGAUUUUCCUGGCUGAAAUGUGGCUUUAUAAUCAGGCUGCAAUUUCUUUGGAAUCUGCUGCUUGUGUUGGUGUGAGGCCUCAGGUGCAUGGCAACCAGGCACAUUCCCCCUAAAAAAAACCUCAUAAUCUGUUUUCCUGCACCCUUCCCCUGGAAAGGGAUGGCUCAUGUUCUGAAUUUCCAUUGUAAGAUCCUUUUGGCAGGCAAGCCCCCGUCUUCCUGAAUUUGCUGCUGCAGCAGAGAAGGUUUUAA